AUGCACUUCAUGAUUCAGAAUAUUGAGAAGACAGCUCUGCUCUCUGAGUAUGUCAAUCUGCUUACUACUGAGAUGAAACCUGAGACAGCAGAUCAGAAAAUGCAGGAUUUUGAGAUGCAGAUUGACCUGACUGAGAGAGAGCAGCAAGAACUCUUCUCUGAGAAAGCAGCAGAGAAAGAUUUUGAGAUGAUUAUUAUCUCAGAUAAGAAGAAGAAGAAGAAUGAGAAUAAGAAGUGA